AUGAGCGAUGAAUUGUACAGACAGACGCAGAACAGGAUAUACAGCAUGCAGGAGACGCUGUUGAAUAGUUCACGGGAGUCCCGGACGGCUGUGGCAGCUGUAACAGCAGCUGAUGAGACGGAGAAUACGACUUCUCCGGAAGUGUCGACCUUAUCUGCCGUUUCCGGAAGGAAAGGAGCAGAGGGCCAGAAGGGAGGUCAUAGCGGCGUCGAAGUGAGCUCCAAAUCGGUGCUAGAGUACACGGCUAAGAAUUACGCACAACAGCGGUGCAACCUGGGGACAUUGGAGUACGAUCCGAUGAGGGUUGGCAGAUUCGCUCAGGGCAAACCAUCUACCGAGUCGUUGCCCUUCCCAUACAACUUCAAAAGCAUCAGCUCGCCAAGACCCUUCAUCCCCAGGCUAUCGCACGACCAGAUAAACUCGAUCUGUACAAUCAUGAUCGAUUACACGUACUUGCGCCAGGUUGAGCGCGGGGAGAACAUCAGGUACCAGAAUAGAGAAAUUUGGGGCACAGAUAUCUACACAGACGACUCAGAUAUCAUCCUUGCGCUCCAGCACUGCGGCGUGCUGAGCGGGCAGCAUCCACCAGGCAGCAGGAGAACUCCCGCAAAUCUCUCGAACCCGGACAGCGUGAAAGGUGCCAUUCCAGAGCGCGAUAUCCCCUUCGCAAUCAAGGUCGAUAUCUUGCUUCUCCCACCGCUCCAGUCGUACGCAUCGACUACAAGGUACGACAUCACGUCAAGGGAAUGGUCUGCUCAAGUGCAUGACGGCCUAUCGUUUGGCAUUUUCCACAUAGAGAUACUGGUAAUGGACGACACUUUGAACAACAUCGACCAUGCUGCAAGGGCCAGGCAUCUACAAUGGUAG